AUGUCAUUACCUUAUCCAUCCAAUUCAUACCCCAAACCCUUAAAUGAUAAAGAAAAUUAUUAUAAAUCAGUUACAUUACCUGUUACAUCACCAGUUAAUCAAAAUAAGACUUAUCCAAAUUAUGAAUUUCAAUUAAAUACAGCUCCAUUACAAAGACAACGUAAUACUCAAGAUAAUUAUCCAAACUAUACAUUACAACAACCACAAUUAUCAUAUCAAAUUCCAAUUAAUCAAAUUCCAACAACUACUUCAUAUUUUGAUGUUGAUUUAAUUUCAACUUCUUCAUCUUUAAAUGAUUCACCAAUUAGAGAAUAUCAUUCUAGUUUUACAUCACCACAUAAUCCACCUUAUGAACCAGAUUUAUAUUAUCCACCACCCCCGAAAGCAAGAAUUAGAAGUUCAAUAUUUGGCGAAAAUAAUUAUAGUACUUCAAUUGAUGAAUUUAUGAGCAAUAGAUAUAAUAGAUUCAGACCAAGUAAUUCACAACAUAAUCCAGAUUUAGCAUUGGAUAAUAGACAUCCAUAUCAACAAGAAAACUAUGGAAUAGAAUCUAAAAAGCUGAACUGGUAUGAAUCAUUUAAAACAUAUUUUAAAAAACAACCAAAAGAUCAACCACAAAUUGACGAUAUUGAACAACAAGAAGUGCCAAAAAGUUCAUAUACAGAUAUUAUAAUAAGAGAACCUGAAUCUACUCCACAACCAAUUUAUACACCUCGAGGAAUUCCAAUAAAUGAAUAUCCAUUAAAUUAUACUAAAACAAGUCCAACUGUAAAUCAAAAUUUAACUAUUGUAAAUGAAGAAUUGAGUGAUGAAUUGAGAGAUUUAAUAGAUGGGAUUGAUAAUUUUUUGAUUAGUUGUUUUCAAAUAAUUUGGGAUUAUAUAAAAUCGGUAACCAAUUGGUGUGCUGAUUAUUAA